AUGAUGGACGAAAUAGACUUUGAGCUCUGCCUGAAUGUAGAUCAAGUGACGACUGCCUUCGGCCGUGAGAAGAGAAAUCGUUACCCUAUACACAAUAAUACAAACAGCACUACAUCACGAAUUCGAACAUACGAGGAGCUCAGAGAUAGCACUGCAGAUGAGAGCGCGAUAACCCCUAUUCCACCGGCCAAGCGAGCGAGGAUAUCGCAAUCCGAAGUUUCCUACCAGACACAAUUCGCGAACGCAAGUCAUCAGGGCACAGGGAUGCUGCUGGGUUCUAGUCAGGUUUUCAAUCAUCAUACCGGUUUCUUCAACUUUCAAAGCUAUCAGCAAGGUCCUGUCGAUGCGAACGGCGUCUUGCCUGCUGUGCCUCGCCGAGCUAUGAGCGAAGAGACGGACAUAGACAUGAUGUAUAUGGGGAGUGAAACGGAGACAGAGGUUGAGACAGAGGCGCCUCCUGAGAGGUUCCAUGGUCAGUGCCCGAUUCAUUCGUUUAGUACUUGGUCAAAUCCAGCUUUUAGUGGAGGGCUUGGAAACUUCCCUUCGCAGCGCAACAAUUCGACAAACAUGUUUCCCAUCUACGAGGAUCCGGUGGAUAUGGAGAUUGAGGGUGUCUUCUGCGGAGAGGAUUGGUACUCCUCUCCCGACGAAGACAAGGAAAAUGUUGAGAAUGGCCAUGAGCAGGGUAGUCAAUCAAUCAAUCAAUCAAAGUUCUAUUAA